AUGGAAAGGCACGGACGGGCUGGGGAGGCAUCCGAACCUGAAUCCCACCCCAUAAAGGAGAGCCGGGAUACGUCGAACUCAACGUCUUCUAAGAACAUCCUAGGAAACGAAAUCACCGCAAUCGGCUUGUCACAGGUUGAAGAAGUCCCCAACAGCGGUGUUUUGCGGGUGGGUAGAGGUGACACCUGUACAGUGUACCAAGUCGGACGACAGGUCGGUUUGGGGACCUUCAGUGCUGUUUACGAAGGCCUCAGACUCUUGGACCACAAGCAAGUGGCCAUCAAAUUCGAAGUCGGCAAUUCCUCUUUCUCUCAGCUUCAGGCGGAAUCCCGGACCUAUAAAAGCCUCAAAGGAUGGAGUAAGGCCCUUUUCUCAAACCUGAACCCACCGAAUGGCUCACAGUUGCCAACAGAUAGAGCUCCCGACGUAGUCUUCUUCGGGGACCACGGGCGGAGUAGACUUCUGGUCAUGGACUUACUCGGACCUUCUCUGGAAGAUUUGCUCGAUUAUUGCGGACGAAGGUUUACAAUUGAGACCGUCGUUAUGAUUGGCGUACAGCUAGUACACAAAAGCACCUGA